AUGACGAUGAUAGUGAUGAUAGCGAUGUCGGCGAUGAUGACGAUGACGAGGGCGACUGCGAUGAUAAAGGAGAAGAAGACGAUGAUGAUUGCGAGUGACAGUGUGGCGUUCGGGUCGGUGGGGGUGGCGGUUUGUGCGAGAUGCAAGGGGAGAGGUGGGUGCUGUGGCGAUAGUGACUGUGAUGGUGACUGCCUCGAGCUGCGGGAUUCGUCGAGAUCCCGCAAAACACUUCAACUCCUUGGCGGUGCAUCUUGGCUCCUCAGCACAGGUCUUUUGCAGAGCCCCAAGCCCGUCAGUGAGACCAUGGCGCGAAGGACUCCGCCGGUGGUCAUCGACAUCGGUACCGGAUGUACCAAGAUGGGCUUUGCUGGCAACAUCGAGCCCACUUUCAUGAUCCCCACUGUCGUGGCCAAUGCUGCCAAGAAGUCAACCGGGAGUGUACAUAUCAGCCAGAUCAGCCAGACGCCAUCAGCGCAAGGGCUGGCUGAUGCAGACUUCUACAUCGGUGACGAGGCCUACAAGCUCAAGGACUCUCCGAAUUACUUGCUUUCCUCGCCCGUGUCCAAGGGAAGGAUAGAGCAUUGGGACGACAUGGAGCGCUUCCUGCAGCAGGCGAUUUUUCGCAGCUUGCGCUGCAUUCCAGAGGAUCACGACUUCCUCCUCACAGAGCCGCCCUUUAACACCCCAGAGAACCGGGAGCUGAUGGCGGAGAUGAUGUUCGAGACCUUCAACGUCAAUGGCCUCUACAUCGGCGUGCAGGCUGUUCUGGCCUUGUACGCUCAAGCGGUUACCGAGGAACAGUACGAGGGCAGCAGCCCGAACCUGACUGGCUUGGUCGUGGAUUCCGGCGACGGCCUUUCUCACGUGAUCCCGGUGGCAGACGGCUACGUCAUCACCUCCUGCAUCCAGGAACUGCAGAUUGCUGGCAAGCACGUCACGCAGUUUGUCCACGACAUGAUCUGCGACCGCGGCGAGCCUGUCCCUGCCGAGCAGCGCAUGGAUGCGGCUAGGCAGAUCAAGGAGAAACACGCCUAUCUGUGCAAAGACGUGGUCGAAGAGUAUCAGAAGUUUGACCAGGAUUCGCGGAGAUUCAAGACUUUGCAGGGGCACUUCCAGAAAACGAAGCAGGACUGGAAGAUUCAGAUUGGCUACGAGCGCUUCCUGGCUCCUGAGAUCUUUUUCCAUCCGGAGAUCUUCGUUGAUGGGAUGACGACCCCUCUGCCGCAGGUCGUGGAUGACUGCAUCUCGCAGUGUCCCAUCGACUACCGGCGCCGGCUCUACAGCAACGUUGUCCUGUCUGGAGGUUCCACUGCUUUUCAGAACUUCAAGGAACGCUUGCAAAAAGAUGUGCAGCACCUCGUGGACGAGCGGCUACAGAAGGCGGAGCUGAGCACUGGCCGGCGGCCACAGGACAUCGAGGUCCUUGUGCACGGCAGCAAGAAGAGAGCGCAGCAGCGCUAUGCUGCCUGGCUGGGAGGCUCUCUCCUCGCACAGGAAGCCAUUUUCUCGAAAAUGGUGAAGACAAAGCGUGAGUACGAGGAGGUCGGCCCUGCCUGUAUGCGGAGCAGCCCAGUUGUAAUGGGCUGA